CGAGCGCAGUCGGGUGAAGCCGAACACAAUCGGGUCACGCCGAACAGACGAACGCACGCAGCUCCCGCUCAGCCGAACCGAGCCGAACGGAGCCGGGAGGAGCCGAUUGGACCCGAACCGAGCCGGGCAGAGCCGAUUGGAGCCGAGAGCCCCGGGACCGCCCGCGCUGCUGCAUGGCCGGGAAGAAGCUGAUCGUGGUGUUCGGGGCCACCGGGGCCCAGGGCGGCAGCGUGGCCCGGGCGCUGCUGGACGAUGGGAGCUUCAAGGUGCGCGCCGUGACGCGGAGCCCCAGGAAGAAGGAGGCGGAGGAGCUGAGGCGCAGGGGAGCCGAGCUGGUGAAGGCAGAUCAGGACGAUGAGGCGUCGCUGGAGCGGGCCUUGGCCGGUGCCUACGGAGCCUUUAUUGUCACCAACUUCUGGGAGCACUGCAGCAAGGAGAAGGAAGUCGAGCAGGGACGGCGUCUGGCUGAUCUGUCCAAGCGCCAGGGCCUGCAGCACGUGGUGUUCAGCGGGCUGGAGAACGUGCAGCAGCUGACAGGGGGCCGGCUGGAGGUGCUGCACUUCGAUGGCAAAGGCGUGGUGGAGGAGCACUUCCAGAAAAUCGGGGUUCCCACCACCAUCAUCCGCCUGCCCUUCUACUUUGAGAACUUCCUCUCCAUCUUCAAGCCUCAGAAGGCUCCGCAGGGAGAUGCCCUUGUGCUGGAGCUGCCCAUGGGGGACACCCCCAUGGAUGGGAUGGCUGUGGAGGACCUUGGGCCCGUUGUGCUUUCCCUGCUGAAGUCCCCAGGGGAGUACGUUGGCCAGGUGAUAGGACUCAGCACGGGCAAGCUCACCGAGGCAGAGUAUGCUGCCAUCCUCUCCCAGCAGACGGGCAAGACUGUGACAGCCAGCAAGAUCUCCCCUGAGGAGUACGAGAAGCGGGACUUCCCUGGCGCCAAGGAGCUGGCUGCCAUGUUCCGUUUCUACGCCCUGAGGCCCGACCGCAGCGUGGCUCUGACCAUGAAGCUGAACCCCAGGGCCCGAACCUUCCAGCAGUGGGUGGGGGACAACAAGAACGCCUUCUGAGCCUCCCCUCCCUCCUCUGCCUCCCUGCUUUCUGCAGCAGCUAGGGGACCUGGCUGAGGUGAGGUGUGCUGCCUUCCCAGCAGCGCCUCGGGGAGAGGCUGAUCUGCCCCAGCUGGGCAGAGCUCAGCCCAUUGCUGGUCCAUGUGUGUGUCCUGCAGUGUGGUUGGGGCUAUUUAGGCAGCUAGAACAAGAGGAAGGGCUGCACAGCACAGGCAGAGGGGUGGCAGAAGUGCUGCCUUUGCACUCUGUGCUCAGGGAGGUGUUGCUUUAGUCAUUGUGGGUGUUUUAGGGUGGUGGGGGCUUGUUUUCCCAGGAUCACCUCCUUUCCCAGGCAGCUCUGAGCCUAUGGCACCAUGUGGGAGGCUGAAGGUGUGUACCCAAAGGCAGUGCCUCUGGGGCAGGUAUCCAUUGCUGCAGGCUCCUAAGCAAACAGCAGACAGGGAUUUCUCCAUGGAUCUGGUUUGGGCCCUGCAGGUGAGCCACUGGAGAGAUGGAGGAUUACUGUCAGCCCAGAAGGAGGGACUGCAGUGACUUCCUGUAACACAAAAGCUGAGCCUGAUUCCUCAUCACACAGCCCUGGCCCUGGUCCUUGGGCUCCUGGAGCUAAUUUCAAUCACUGUCCCAAGGAGCUGAGAUAAAACUCGGCUUUUUCUAGACUGUCCAAGGUUCAGUGGAAAAGCCCCUUCCCCCUCACGUGCCUAAAGUACUGCUCAGCUUUGUGUUUAACGUCAAUCCCAGCCCCUAGCACUGCUUGAGCCAUCC